CCUGCGGGGCCCCCGCCACCCCGACCCGGGCUUGGGACGCCAGGUCCCUGCUGUAAACUAAACUCUUGGCUCUGCUUUAUUGCGGGAAAGGGACAACCUCUCUCUUUUUGCCAACCCCAGCCCUUCACCCGGCGAGACUCUGCAGGGACCUAGCAAAGAGGAGGCGGUGAAACGAAGCUCCCCAACAGCAAGAAAUAAGGAGGGAGGCGAGCAAUCUUUUGGGGGUUGGACUCGUUCUUUUUCAAGUCACCGUUUGGAGCAGAGGAUGGUUCUGUCGCGUUGGGAAGCAGCUUUGUCAUUGUCACAACGGCGCCUUUAAUGUUAGAGGGAAGAAAGAUCAAGGCUUCUUCGUCUUUUUUUUGUUAAUUUUUUUUUUUGGGGGGGAGGACUGCAUUACAUUUUUUUUCCUAAUUUUUUUUUUUUUCCGGAAGAUGAAGUACUCUUAAGGAGAGAGAGUUGUUUUCGGAAAAGAGAUUGUUAUGCUGAGAGUGAUCAAGAUUUGGACUUCCCCAAAGAUUUGCUGUUUGUUGGAGGACUGUGGGAGGAGGGAAAGUAACACGGUGCAAUCAACUACCAGAAGGGUCAAAGUCAGUAGAGAGGAAUCUGGGAAAUAACAAGUUGGUAAUACGUUUUCCAGCAUCUUUCAUGAAUACGUGGGUCUUUUUAGAGCUUUACAUUUUUACUUUUUGGCUUGAACCUGAACUGAAGCACUGAUUAGACAUUAGGCAGCAAAUGCUGUGAGCAUACGGUGAGAACUCAACCGGACAUUCAAAGCACCCGAGGUGAAUGUUUAAAAAGUCAACAGAUCUUUUGGCGUUCACCCAUCCAAAGGUAGAUAUAUAGAUAUAAUAAAGAUUAUUUUAAUAAUUUCCAGUGACCUUUAAGAGAUUUGGCAACAUGGCUUCCCCUCCACACCAGCAGUUGCUGCAUCACCACAGCACGGAGGUAAGCUGUGACUCCAGUGGAGACAGCAACAGUGUCCGGGUAAAAAUCAACCCCAAGCAGCAUUUGGGCUGUUCUUCCAACCCUCACCCCAAACACUGCAAGUAUAGCAUCUCCUCCAGUUGUAGUAGCUCAGGUGAAUCUGGAGGGCUUCCUAGGAGAACCGGAGGUGGAAGCCGAGGCCUCCGCAGGAAAAAGAAACUGCCACAGCUUUUUGAGAGAGCUUCUAGUAGAUGGUGGAACCCCAAAUUUGAUUCUACCAACCUAGAGGAGGCUUGUAUGGAAAGGUGCUUUCCCCAGACCCAGCGCAGGUUUCGCUAUGCUCUCUUCUACAUUGGUGUGGCCUGUCUUCUCUGGGGCAUCUAUUUUGGUAUCCACAUGCGAUCUAAAUUGAUUGUCUUUGUGGUACCCACUCUGUGCUUCCUUUUGGUGUGUGUGUGUUUUUUUCUAUUUACCUUCACCAAGCAUUAUGCUCGGCACUAUGUGUGGACCUCACUGAUCCUCAUUCUCCUGGUUUUUACUCUGACUCUAGCUUCACAGUUUCAGGUUUUGACACCUCUCUCAGGAAGGGAUGACAGCUCCAAUCAUACUCCUCUUGCUUUCUCCACAGACACUUGCUUAUCUCAAGUAGGCAGUUUUUCAAUGUGCAUUGAAGUGCUCUUGUUACUCUAUGCUGUUAUGCACUUACCUCUGUAUUUAAGCUUGUUUUUGGGAGUAGCCUAUUCUAUUCUUUUUGAGCUCUUUGGGUAUCAUUUCCGAGAUGAAUGCUGUUUCCCAUCAUCUGGAAUGAGACAUAUGCACUGGGAGUUGCUAAGCAAAGCUUUGCUCCACAUAUGUAUUCAUGCUAUUGGGAUCCACUUAUUUAUCAUGUCUGAAGUUAGAUCGAGGAGCACAUUCCUUAAAGUGGGACAAUCAAUUAUGCAUGGGAAAGACUUGGAGGUAGAGAAAGCCCUGAAAGAGCGAAUGAUUCACUCUGUGAUGCCAAGAAUCAUAGCUGAUGACUUAAUGAAGCAGGGGGAUGAUGAAAGUGAGAACUCAGUCAAACGGCACUCGACCUCAAGCCCCAAGAAUAGGAAGAAAAAGUCUUCCAUACAGAAAACUCCUAUAAUAUUUCGUCCUUUUAAGAUGCAACAAAUUGAACAAGUAAGCAUUUUGUUUGCAGAUAUUGUUGGUUUCACAAAAAUGAGUGCCAAUAAGUCUGCUCAUGCCCUGGUGGGUCUCCUGAAUGAUUUAUUUGGUCGUUUUGACCGUUUAUGUGAAGAUACAAAAUGUGAGAAAAUAAGUACUCUGGGUGACUGCUAUUAUUGUGUAGCGGGAUGUCCAGAACCCAGAGCAGAUCAUGCCUAUUGCUGCAUCGAAAUGGGUUUGGGCAUGAUUAAAGCCAUCGAACAGUUUUGCCAGGAGAAGAAAGAAAUGGUGAACAUGCGAGUUGGGGUUCACACUGGGACAGUUUUAUGUGGCAUUCUGGGCAUGAGGAGGUUUAAAUUUGACGUGUGGUCAAAUGAUGUGAACUUAGCCAAUCUUAUGGAACAGCUGGGUGUGGCUGGCAAGGUUCAUAUUUCGGAGGCUACAGCAAAAUAUUUAGAUGAUCGUUAUGAAAUGGAGGAUGGGAAAGUUAUUGAACGAGUUGGCCAGAGCGUUGUUGCUGACCAGUUGAAAGGUUUGAAGACAUACCUGAUAUCGGGUCAAAGAGUCCUGAAAGAAUCCUAUUGCAGCUGUUCAGAGGUGUUACUUUCUGGCUUUGAGGCAGGGGAUCGUUCAAGCUUGUCUUCAGGUCCUAAAUUACAAGGAGCAUCAUCACCAGAGAGCGUCAGCGACUUGGCAAAGGGUUUUAAAACUUUUGAUAAAAAUAAGACAUGUCCUUCAUGUGGUGUUACAUUUGCUCCCAAUUGUGAAGCCAGUCCUGAAGAAGGAACAAUUCAAAAUGGCUGUCAAGAUGAGCAUAAAAAUAAUGCCAAGCAGGCUUCUGGAGGACAUAGUCCAAAGACCCAAAAUGGACUUUUGAAUCCUCCUCAGGAGGAGAAGCUGACUAAUAGCCAGACAUCUUUGUAUGAGAUGUUACAAGAGAAAGGAAGAUGGGCAGGAGUGAGCUUGGAUCAAUCUGCUCUCCUUCCACUGAGAUUCAAGAAUAUUCGAGAGAAGACAGAUGCUCAUUUUGUUGAUGUUAUUAAAGAAGACAGCCUGAUGAAAGACUACUUCUUUAAACCACCUAUUAAUAGAUUGAGCUUGAAUUUCUUGGAUCGGGAUCUAGAGAUGGCCUACAGGACCAGCUAUCAGGAAGAGGUUAUAAAAAACUCUCCUGUGAAGACAUAUGCCAGUGCUACCUUCAGUUCUCUCCUGGAUGUGUUCUUGUCAACAACAGUUUUCCUCAUUCUGUCCAUCACCUGCUUCCUAAAACAUGGGAUGGCUUCUGUCCCACCCCCACCAACUGCAGUUGUGAUUUUCAUCAUUGCUAUUCUACUGGAAGUGUUCUCCCUCAUCAUCUCUAUUAGAAUGGCAUUUUUUCUUGACGAGGUAAUGACUUGUACUAAGCACCUGCUGGAGGUGAUAGCUGGUUGGCUACCUCGGCAUUUCAUUGGUGCAAUCCUGGUCUCGCUUCCAGCCCUUGCAGUUUAUUCACAUUUUACCUGUGAAUUUGAAACAAACAUACAUUAUACCAUGUUUAUGUGCUCUGCAAUUCUGAUCACCAUUGUGCAAUACUGUAAUUUUUGCCAGCUAAGUUUCUGGAUGAGAUCGUCAUUAGCAACAAUUGUGGGAGUUGUGCUUGUCAUUUUACUCUAUGUCUCUUUGUGUCCAGACAGUUCCAUAGAAACAUCCCACUUAGAUGCAGUACAGAAUUUCAGUUCCAGGAAGAAUCCAUGCAACACUUCAAUGCCAAAUUUUAGCAAAAAACCAGCAGACCUAAUUGGCCAGGAGGUGACACUCGUUUGCUUUCUCCUGCUUUUACUGGUCUGGUUCUUGAAUCGAGAGUUCGAAGUCAGUUAUAGGCUUCACUAUCAUGGAAAUGUGGAAGCUGAUCUUCACCGUACCAAAAUCCAGAGUAUGAGAGAUCAGGCUGACUGGCUGCUAAGAAACAUUAUUCCUUAUCAUGUGGCAGAACAACUGAAGGUUUCCCAAAGCUACUCUAAAAACCAUGAUAGUGGAGGGGUAAUCUUUGCCAGCAUUGUAAACUUCAGUGAAUUUUAUGAAGAGAACUACGAAGGAGGUAAGGAGUGCUAUCGAGUCCUAAAUGAACUGAUUGGAGACUUUGAUGAAUUGCUAAGCAAACCAGAUUAUAACAACAUUGAGAAGAUUAAAACCAUCGGGGCCACAUACAUGGCAGCCUCUGGACUGAAUACCUCCCAGUGUCAAGACAGCAAUCAUCCACAUGAACAUUUGCGAACCCUUUUUGAAUUUGCCAAAGAAAUGAUGCAAGUUGUGGAUGACUUCAACAAUAACAUGCUCUGGUUUAACUUUAAACUUAGAAUUGGCUUUAAUCAUGGACCCCUCACUGCAGGGGUUAUUGGCACUACAAAGUUACUGUAUGAUAUUUGGGGAGAUACAGUGAAUAUUGCCAGCAGGAUGGAUACUACUGGAGUAGAGUGCCGCAUACAGGUGAGUGAAGAGAGCUACCAUAUCUUGAACAAGAUGGGAUAUGAAUUUGACUACAGGGGAACAGUAAAUGUGAAGGGGAAAGGUCAAAUGAAAACCUACCUUUAUCCGAAAUGCAUGGACAGUGGGAUUGUGCCACAUCACCAAUUAUCUAUAUCACCAGACAUUCGAGUUCAAGUAGAUGGCAGCAUUGGACGGUCUCCAACAGAUGAGAUUGCCAACUUGGUGCCUUCUGUUCACAGUUCUGACAAGACAUCUUAUGGCUCUGAUAAUAAUACACAGGCGAAGGAUGCUCACCUAUCUGCAAAGAAGCCUCGGAAAGACCCAGUAAAAGCAGAAGAAAGGUGUAGAUUUGGCAAAGCCAUAGAAAAAAGUGACUGUGGUGAAAUGGAAAUUGAAGAAGCCAAUGAGCUAACCAAGCUAAAUAUUUCAAAGAGUGUAUGAUGCAGCCACAAAGAAGUCAGCUGCAUGAGGUGCUCUAUCCAUAGAAACACAAUAAUAUUUACAAUUUGGCUGGUUUUUUUUUUUCAAGAGACACAUUUCCAGUGCCUAGAUGUUAUGUUGUCAUUUAAACCCUGACUUCUGUGUGGAUCACAGAAGGUCAGGAUUCAUUUUCAUCCAUCUCUCUUCCCUCACUUCCCCUCCUGAAAAAGCUUCCCACCUCUUUCUGUAAUUAUCUUUCAGCAGUGUGGAUAAUAAGUGCCUUCAGGUAUUUUCCAUGGCCUUGAAGUCUAGGUACAGAGGCCGUUGGCGAAUCAUGGCUUUGGGUAUCAAUUGCAUUUUAAAGCAAAAGCUGUGGUUAAGAUAUCAUUUUUAUUGUUGUUUCUCACAUUUUUGGCUAAUACAACUCUUUGAGAUUUGUUUAUUUCUUUGUGUGUAUAUAUUAUAGUGUUUUACAAUCAUCAUCUGACCUUUCUAUGUAAACACACUUGCAUUUAUGAAAUUGAUAUUAAAGUGCCAAUAAUGUACUGAGAAGGGAUGUUAAAGGAAAGGGAAUAAUGUGUAGUGAGCUGGGAAAGGCAUUGAUUCCACAGUGGCUUGUCCUUUAGAUAAAGCCUGUGAUGUAGCUGCUGUGGUGAUUCCAUCCUGUUUUGCAAAUGUUUUGAAAACACACACAUGCCAUUGUGUGUAUUGGAUGUGCCACUUUCCUUAUACUCAGUGGUUUUCAGACUUCAUCUGCUUUCAGGGCAGUCUUCAAAGUCAAAUAGGUAACAAAGCAUCUUCAGUCUGGGCCACCAAGUAUCAGAGAAGCCAUUUUCACUUUAGUGAAUCCCUACUUUUAAGGGAUUUUCAAGUUCAAAGUUAGUGUCUUUGAAGUAUGUGUGUCUAAGAAAAGAACUUAAAAUAAAUGUCUUAGGGUUACAUUUAUUUAUUUAUUUAUUUUCAAUAAAUGUGAUUAGGUUGGAAAUGGGUUUGGGAGUAGGGGUCUCGAGAGAGAGAAAUAGAUUUUGUUUGCAAAGAAUAUCAUAUAACAAUAAUCAGAUGUCCGUUAGUAUUUCAGCCACUUAGCUACCAACCACUGUGAGGACGUUGAGCAGUAUUUAUAUCAAAGCAGGUGUGGAUUCCAAGUCAUCAAAUGCAUGUUGAAUCUGAAAAUCCCAGCUUCCCAUUUCAUAUGGACCGAUACUCCUGCCCAGUGCCCUCAGGCUUUGUGUUGUGGUACAUUGUUGCACCCUGGCAUUCUGCGGGCUUUGUACUUGCCCUCUUUACUCACUGCAGGUAUUGAGAUCAAAAUGCUUUCUCUGUUCCAUUUAAGGAUGUAUAUAGAAAGAGCUUUCAUCAUGAGCUAAGAAGCACAGGACCUGGUUACAAAUAUUAGUAUUCCCUUUGUUUAGACAAAUUUGAAUUAUUUCUCCUUUUCUUUAUUUCAGACUGGAUGACCUAUAGGGGAGGGGGGAGGGACAAAAUGUGUUCCGUUAAGCUAGUUUUCACCUGUUAUAGAUUGAAAGAGUUCUUAUCCUAUGCCAUAAGAUGAAAUAAUUUGUAAAAAUUGAGUUGAUCACCUUAAGAAAAUAUGGGAUAUCUCCUUAUGUAGUCACAUUUAAUUUUUUUUAUUCCACCUUAAGUUCAAAGUUCCUUAAGAACUGAACCCAUAUUAUAGUUUCUCUAAAGCUGCUAAUACUGAGGCAAUACUAAAAUAUAGCUCAUCAAAUAAUUUGAGAAAGCUACUUCUAUAUUUAAGAUUCCAAAUAUGAUUUACUAGCAAUACGGACUCAAUUUAAAUCCUAUUAUAACUGCCCUUACCAAAUCCUUGGUUCUCAUAAUAUUGUUCUCCACUGAGUAAAAUGUUGAUUAUGAUCAUCUAACUCACAGCUCAGGUUUAAUCAUAAAGAACACAAAGGUGGGUACCCACUAGUACAGUUUUAUAUCCAUAAUGUUUAUUUUAUUGGGCAAUAACAUUAUCAAUAACAGUAAUAUUUUUCUUCAGGUUUUACCUGUCAAUUUGUUGGUCUUCCACUCUUGAAGGAAGUGUAGUUGUUCAAAUACCUCUUGCCUGUAAAGAAUGUAUUCUUCCCAAAAUGCAAAAUUUAUUUUUAUUUCUCAAGAAAUAAUAAUAAUAAAAGACUAUAAUUUAUUAUUGAAUUGCUGAUCUGCUUUGGUAGGGGGAGCUUCCACGAUCCCUACUUGGAUGGAAUCACAGGUUCAGACCAAUAAUAAUAAUAAUAAUGAUAAUAACUCAGAUUUAUAUAAGAUUCUCCUUAGAACCACCCCUUAUGAUAGGUAGUAUUAAUUUUAUUAUCCCUGUUUUACAGGUGAGGAAACUAAGGGUCAUGAAAAUUAAAAGAUCUGCCCAUGUUUAUUACACAGGAUUUAAGAUAGGAUACAAACCAGUCAUCCACCAAUUCCCAGUACAACACACUAUCCAUCAUAUCAUAUACACCCUCAUGCUAAAUGAUGCUUUUCUUCUCUGUGGAAAUAUUCUCUUCCUGAGGGCAUUUUUCUUCUCCCAAUAUUAAAGAGUGUGAAUAUUCUAAUCUCCUUUUUUCCUCCAUUUGCUAGGAUCUAGUCUCUGCAGAUAAGUCGGUUUGCUUAAGUUCCAUCCAUUGUAACUGCUUAAAUUAACUUUGUGUUUGCUGCUCUAUUUUUUUUUUUAUUUUAUUGCUGCUCUAUUUUCAAAGAGGUUUCCCUUUUUAUGAAAAAACCAGGUGUAAUGGAAAGAGUGUUGACCAAGAGUAGAAGGAAAAUAGGUCCGCAAUCCCGCUCUGACAUUAGCUGCAUGAACAUGAGUUCUCUGAGUUACUUUCAGUUUAUUCGUCUGUAAAUUGAAGAUAAAUGAUACCAAUAGUACCUAUUUAAUGGGACUGUGAUGAAAGACAAUGUGAUGAAUUUGACAAUGUCAAAUGAGACAAUGUAUAUAAAAGCACCUUGUGAAACUAAAACUAUAUGAAUGUCAGCUAGUAUUAUUUUUACAAACUUUUUUAAAAAAUUAGUAUUCAUGGUUAUAUGAAACUAGGGUUCAGUAGUAUUGAAAGGAAGGUUGACCUUAAAGUUUAUAAUGCUGUCUUCCAGAAAAGUUAUCCUGAACCUACCUAAAUAGCCAGUGUGGGCAACUUUUUCAUGUCCCUAAUUCACUGUUCUCUUGCACAGAUCUUGAAAACAUAGCUUAUUUACCUCAUUAUGUCCCCAUGGAAUCUGUAUGGUAAAAGCUUUGAGUCUAAUGCUAUAGGCAUUAAGCAAAUGGUUCUUCUAGGUGAGCAUGCUUCCAAACUUUGAACUGAAAUGCUAGUUGCUGUUCUUUCAUUGACUUGUUCUUUGGUGUGGUUGUUAAUUAUGCCUUAUGAGUCUAAUGUCAGAAGCAACAACUUCGGAAUGUGUGCCAACAAUUACUUAGGAUCUUCUUCCUUAGCCCAAGUCAGAUAAGGAAUAGAAUUAAUAGAAUUAUCAGAGUUCACCUAGUCCAGCCGUCUCCUUUUAUAAAGAAGGUGACUGAGGCACAAGACAGAUGAAAUGACUUGUCAGAGGUCACAUGGUUAGUACGGGGCAGAGUGGCACCUUGAAGCCCAGGUGUUUUUUCCAUUAUUCUAAGUUUCGCUUCCAAAUAUUUUAUUGAAUUUUCUAUAAUUUUUCAUAGAAUAGGUACAGUAUUUCUUUCUUUAAAACUUGAUUUUUUUUUCCUUAACAUUUUAAAGACAGUUAUAAAAAAAUUCCUGAAUAAAUCAAACAUUUUUAAAGAUUAAACCCAGAACAUCUGUGAGUGACUUGAUCGGCUUUAGAAGAUGUGUCUUAAAUUGUAUGCCUCAUCAGAACAUGAAAAUACAAAAGCUAGUGUAUUUCAUAUUACACAGAUUGUGCAUGAUAUUUACUUUUUCCUGACAAUACAUUCCUUAUGUGCAUUAUAGAUUUUUGAGAUAAGAAUGUCAAAGCAACGUCAGGUGCUUCCAAAAUUCCCUAUGCCUUGAACCUGUAUUGCAGUCAACAGAAACAAAUUCUGUUUUAACUCUUACACAUGUGUUCUUUUAGAUUCAUUCUUAUCACCUCCAAAUUCAUCUACUGGAAGAUGAAUUCAUCUGAAUAUAUGAAGAAACAUAUAUUCAAAAAUACCCUUAAAUCUAAAUAUUCAGCACCUAAGCAUUAAGACAAUAUUCUUGUGCUUUCUAUUCUGUGAUUGAAAUAUUAGGCUAAUUUUCCCCUUAGUUUGUAAAGAAGAUGUCAGAAGCCUUUUUGUUUUCUUUAAUUUUGCUUUUAAUAAGCAUAUUUGCUUUGGUUGGAAUUGGCCAGGGGAUGUUUUGUUUCUAAAUGUAUCUUUAAACUAAUAAUAUUUUAAUGAUCAAGUUACAAAAGAAAAUAAUAAUGGUAGCAUUUCACUCUUUUCCCUAAUCCCUCCCUCCCCAAGCAGUGACAAUGUUUCACAUUUAACUGAUGCUGUAAAGUUCACAACAGGUAGGUCACAUCAGUAUUAUUGUCUUCAUUUUAUAGUUUGGAAAACUGAGACUCAAGGAAAGUUCAAUAAGUUCCCCAUAGUCACACAGCUAGGAAGUAGCAGAGUCAAGAUUUGAACCCAUGCUAUCUAAGAAUAAUUUCAUUCACAUCUAAUCAUACUGUAAAUAAAGAAAACUUAUAACCAAAAAAAGCCAUACAUAGAAGAGUGUCCCCUUCUGAAUGUCUCUGUGUACUUCCACAGGCCCUUCUCUGGUGAGUCAGCAAACAGUGAAACCUCACAGUGUGCAAAAAAGCUUUUCAAGUACUUGUUGAGAGAACUAAUAAGUAGAAAUAGGCUCAUGGGCCCUCAGGGACUUGCUAAUUUGAUUAGAGAGAGAAGGCAUCCAACUGAUCAUUCUUUGAACACCCAGCAUCUAUGAUUUAUUGAUAAUGACAGAAACAACAUCUUCCAUUAGGUUUCCUUAAGAAUCUUUUUGGUUAGACCUUUUAAAGAUUUAUUCAGAGAAUGGCAAUACGCUUUCCCUCCCACUCCCACUCUGGUUUACAAGUCUGUUAACCAAAAAAGGGACUCUAAAAAACUGUUAGAAAAUCUCCUAGAAGAUCUAGAGAGGCAGCUUUUAAUUUGGGUUAGACCUCAUUCAUUAUUCCUUCCUCACUCGAAGUUUUUUCCCCCACUAUGUUGAUGUUCCUUUCGGGGAAAACAAAAAACAAAAAACUAUUCUUGUAUCCUAAGACUUAAUACAGUGCCUUAUACAGAGUAGGCGCUUAAUAAAUCUUUGUUUAAUUAAAUUGAUCCUACUUAGAAUAUAGAACCAAAGGAUUAGAAAAAGCAAUUGACCAGAGGAAAAAGAUAGUAAUUGAAAAAAAUAUGCACACAUAUUUAUAUAUAUUUGUUGAAGUUCCUCAAAAGGGUUACAUCUGUAAAAAUUUUCUUGUGUAAAAUUAUUUGUUCUCAACGUAUUUCAAAAAUUUUAUUCCUGACUUUGAAUUCCUUUGAAGGAAUAGUAAAUAUGGUCUACCCAAAUAAUAAUUUUGGGAAAAUUCUAAUUGCUGCUUCUCCAGUAUAAACUAAAUUAAAUGUAAAUCAUGACACUAAGUAGGAAUAAUUUGUUUUUUUCUUCUGAAUAAAAUUAAACUGUUGUCCUUUUUAUCUCAAUCAAUUAAAUGCUUACAGAGCCACUCAUCAAACUUAAGAGUUUGACAGUACUUGCUCUCUAUAUAGUAGGGAAUUAAUCACAGUUUUUCCAGUUGGUAAAUGAUGGAGUCUAGUGAUGUAAAUAUUCUUUAUAUUCAGCAUAUUAGAUUUAGUAAGGCGCCUUCUAUUUAACAAAUUGUGGAAAUUUGUAGAGUAGAAACCAUACUUUAAAUGCACUUACUAUUAAAGGAUCUUGUAGUCUGCUGAAGCUGCAUUAAAGUGAAAAAUUUCUACUUAUUAAUUUUUUUGAUGGUGGCCAAAUAUCUAUCACAUUAUCUAAUAGUGACUUGAAGAUCACUUUUCUUUUCAGAUAUCUGUAAUUGUCUUAAAGGAUUUAUGGCAAAAUAGCAAUGGAGUUAAGGAUAUUUAAUGUAACUAGUACCACCUAAACUGAGUUGAUGUCAAGGGUAAUAAAAGAGCACAUUUCACAUUUUUACUCAUAAGCCAUAACUUUAUUUAAAACUGAAUCUCUCUUGAAAAGGUGCAAUGUAUAAUAUGUGAACUAGAUGAAUUUUUUUCAUUAGUGAGUCUUUCAGAAAAAAAAUGUUCCUUAGAGCAAAGGGCUUUUCUCCUCUUUCUGAGAUGUUGUACUUAAAUUAUAGAAGUCCCUGCUUUGUCUACAGAGGGCAUAUUUUAUGUUCAGCUUUCCAGCAAUGUUUGAGUACCAACAGUAUGAAUUCAACAUAUUUUACUUCAGCAGUAUGAAUUCAGAAACUCCUGAUAUGUAAUAUCAUUUGUUUUGGAAAUCUGUGAUUAUUACUUUUUUAAAAAUUCCUUUUGGGAAUAUUUAUAAUUUGUGAAUAUCUAUAAUCAAUUAUGUAGAAAACUUCAAAGAUAAUCAGAACUAAGUAUAGUAAAUGAGAUUCCUAAAAAAUGAUUCAGCAGCAUUCUUUUUUUCGUCCCAUGUCUAUAAUGUCCCUAUCAUUUGAUUGCCAAAGAAAAAUUUGUCAAAAAAGCUAGGAAAGAAAGUAGUAAUUUCUAAAGAGAUAUGACACAUUUAUACAACUCUAAAAAAAAGUAGUAUAGGAAAAAGUGAAAAGAUAGAGAGCAGUAUUCAAAAAAAGAGGAAGUAAGAAGAGUUAUACUAGGAGCAAAACUAAACUGCCAACCAAUAAUCCCCUACCUUCUUCAAUGUAACUCAACCAUCAUGAUUUCAAAUAUAUCCUUCCCAAUCUUGCAGGCAAACCUCUCCAGUUUGAUCUUCUAGUAUUAAACCUUUUUAACUUUCACAAGAUAUACCCAAUAUUAGAGCUUAGAUCCUGUAUACUUAAUAGAAUUCUGUUAUUAUGCCCUUCCACUUGUUUUCUCAGAGUUCUAUCCUAAAUAUUCUACUGUGAUCAACAAAACAAAAUUUCAUAGACGCACCCCAUUCCUAACUCCUAAGGAAAUAUUCAUACCAACAGGACAUACAUUACUGACUGGAGUUUCAGCAAGACAUUUGGCAGAGUCCCUCAAGAUAUUCUUAUAGAGAAGAUGGAAAUGUGUGAUCUGGAUAAUGGUGCAAUUAGUUGGAUUUCAAACUGGUUGAAUGACGGGAAACAAAGAGAAACUAAAGGCUGUCAACCAAAUUUCAUAUUCUCUUGUAGGGUGUCCUAGGACUCGGUCCUCAGUCUCAUUUUAUUCAACCUUUUAAACAAUGAUUUAUAGGAAAUCAUGAAUAGAAUGGAAUGCUUAUCAAGUCUGUAGAUUAUACAGAGCUGGGAGGAAUAACUAACAAGUUACGCGAUUGAUUCAGGAUCUGAAGAAAUCUCAGCAGACUAGAAUGAUAGUCCUAAUCUAAUAAAAUGACAUUUAAUGGAGGUGAGUGUUAAGUUUUGUAUUUAAAUUCAACUUUAAUUCCCCAAUUUCAAGAUGGAAGAGAUGACUGAACAAAAAGUUAUGUGUAAUUAUUAUUGGGAUUUUAGUGAACUUCAAGCCUAAUAUAACUCAGUGGUAUACAUAAUGAUGGGAAUAGGGUGGAGAGGUAGCUAAUGUGUCAUCAGGCUAUGGUAAUUAUGUAUAUUCAGAACUAAGUAGUGAUCAUUCCAUGCUCCAUUCUGGUUAUGUGGAUAUUGUGUUUGGUUCUACAUACCAAAUGGACAAGCUAUAAUUUGUCCAGAAGGGGCUACCAGAAUAGAAAGGGGAGCUCAAAACUCAAGGUCCCCAGUGAUCUAAGGAUCUUUUACCUGGAAAAGAUUUUGGAGGCACAGUGAAAUAUAAUGGCGAUCUUCAAAUAUUUGAAGGGUUUUCAUGUGGAAACAAGAGUAAUCUUGUUCUGCUUGGCACAUAAGGAGCAGAGCUAAGAGCACUGGAUAGAAGCUGCAGAUAGACACAUUUUGACUUGUUUCCUAAUAAAUAGAGCCAUCCAGAAAUGGAAAGAGCUACCUCAGGGGAAGGUAUUACAUAUCCCUGGAGAUGUUUAAGCAAAAGCUAGAUGACCACUUAGUAGAGAAUUUGUAGAGUGAUUUACUAUUAGGUAGGAGUGGGACUAAAAAGUCUGUGGGAUCUUUGCCAGUUCCGAGAUUCUGUGCUUCUAUAUGAAAGACAGAAUGUUCUUUUGACAUCAAGAAACUUUUUAUAUCCUAUAAAGAGACAACUCAUAAAAAUACGCCUGUGCAUAGGAUAGCCUUAUAUUUGCAGAGUACUUUUUCCCAAGGAUCUAAAAAUACAUUUUUUUUUUCCCUCUGCUAAGUUUGUUAAGUAGUUAAGGAACCCACAUCCAUUCAAUUAAAUUAGAAAACAGGUUAAAAAAUUAAAUAACUUGGUCAGGGUUGUCCACUGAGUCAUCCAGCUCUUCCCACUAUAUCAGGCUAUUUGUGUUUGUAGCAUGUAAACGACUAUUUGCCAAAUAUCUUAUUUCCGGAACUCCAUUCUUUUCAAGGUAAUAACUGAGAAUCCAAUUCUGAUGGUAGAUUGAAAUGUGAUGUAUUUAAAGUUGUGGGAAUAAAAAUGAGGUCAACAAAUGAGAUAAAAUACAAUUUCCACUUGAGGGUUAUGCCUCUGAUUUUACUUUUUUUUUUUUUUUGAAAGACUGAUACGUGAACGACAAAUGGACUAUUGAAGUUACUUUUUCCUCUUAGCAGUUUUUUUUGGUUCUUUGUUUCUAGAUUAUUGAAAUGCAUGUGGCCUUUUAAAUCUAAUCAAGUGGUGACUAUAUGUUAAUGACAAUAGCAAAAAACAAAUAAACCAAAAAAAAAAAAAAAAAAAAAAAAAAACAAGGAAAGGUCUCAAAAAACCCAUGAACAUGUUUGUGCCUUAAGAGGCUGGAAUAUUAAGUAAGAUAAAAUCUCAGAUACUUUAAUUCCUUUUUCCUGUAUAGAAAACAAUGAAUGCUUUACAAUCUUUUUUUAUUUUCUUAUUUGUAAAAUACUUUUUGAAACUUUUUUGUUGAUCAAAUCAUAGCAGAUUCCAAUCACGAAAGAGAAACUAACAAAUUAGAGGAAAUUAGUUCAGAUUUAUGAGAACUCCUGAUAGUUUUCUUUAGUUCUAAAUUUAGGGGCUUCUUCUUUUCAUAUAUAUAUGCCCUACUUCACCAGUAUCCACAGCAAUACUCCAUAUAGCAUCAUUGCAAACUUACUAUGUAUUUUAAGGGCCCUAAUAGUGCCAACUUGUACAUUCAGACAACUACACUAUUACAUUUUUUGAAAGUGAUCUCUUCCUUAUUUGCUUCUAAGUGAAGUAUAGAAGAGUAAUCAUAUAACACUAACGAAGGGCUGCUAACCUCUGUAGUCUGUUGUGUUUGCUCACUGAGUACCAUAACCUGUUGUACUUUGCCCAACCUACACACCAGAUCCCUAUAUCAUUUACAAACUUCUAGAAAUUGAAAUUGAAACAAAAACAAAGCUGAAAAGACUACCACACUGAAGUUCUCCAUAAACCCCAUGUGGUCCUUAGUAGAGAGUAAUUCCCAAGUGUGACUAGCUAAAACUAACUCUUGGGACUGAAUCAGGCGGAGAAACGAGCCUCUCUACUUAUGUCUCAAUUAGCUGCAGACCAGAAUGGAUUCUCUGGUCUUGUUUAGACCCACAGAAUGCAUUUUCCCUCUGGAGGAUUGUUAUAAAUUCUUAAAGUUGCCUUGGGGUUUAGGAAGUCCAACCCCUUAAAUUUGUCUAUUAAACAAGAAACCAUCCAGAGGUUGCAAUUAAGCCUCAGGUGACAGGGGGCUGUUUCAUAGCCACUUUUUUUUUUUUUAAACAAGCCUAGAUCCCCAAAGCUCUACAAUUCCAAUCAUAUUAAGCCAUCUUACUGUGUAUGAAGAACAGGGUCUCUUAUAUUAUCCUCUUAAAGUUAUAGUAUUCAACUUAAGCAUAAGCAUUACAAGAAUAAGUAACAAAUAAAAAACCAGAGCCUUAACUACUUUACACAUCUCUCAAGAUAAGCGCAAUAUCCCUUUAGGAUUUAAUGUUCCCUAAAUGCAUUAAUAAUUCGUUAUUAUUCAAACCCUGGUUUCUUUAUGGUUAUGUGCUUCUGGUGUAUAAGGCUGAAUGGCAAUUGAAACCAUAUUUUAUCAAUUCAGAUACACUCCUCAUACCAAAGGUAAUUUUGUGAUUCUUGUUGCAUGUUCCAUAUGAUGUGUAUUGUCAUGACAUGUACAAGAUGAGAUACAUCAUAAAAGCAUCAUUUCAUUGAGAUUUGACUUGAGAAAUCUGAAUGUCUUAAGAACUAUACUGUUUUAUGUUACUCUAAAGUUGUGCACUUAGUCUUAAGUGGGAAUAAGUGUUGAUCUUGUCUAAGCAUUUAUUUGAUUUGAGAUUGACUAUGUGUUGUGGAUUGAAAUUGAUAUCAUAUAUGCCAGAGAUUCUAGCCAUGAAGACAACCAUUGCUGGUCAUGAAAUGCAGGAAGAAAUAGCAAAACAAAAACAAAAACAGUUGUGUGGAUUUUGAAGAACCUUUCAAUUCCAAAAGCAAUGACAGUUUUCUUUUUUUAAAAAGAAAAUCCCAUUUCUAGAAAUUGUGGUUAAUGAUCUUUUCUCAUUCCCAACAAAUCGUUUUAUCACUCUUUCUCACCCUCUCAUCCCCAUAGCUGAAGGUCAGAAAACACUGCUGAUGGGAAAUGUUGAAGCUUUACUUCAGCUGGGGGGAGGAGGAGGCUAUUUUGGAGGCUAAUUGUAAAAAGACAAACAAAAAAAAUUUAUGCUUUGUCAAGAACCAAAGCCAAGAAGAAAUUGUAUCUGUGAAAUAUUAAGCUAUAUCUGUAUAUAGAAUAAACACACCAUGAUCUUUGACUCAUUACUACAGACCUUGUAACCAGUUGUAUACUAUAAUGUUUUACUGUAUUGAAGAAAAUUUCACACUUUAGCUAUAGAAAGCUGGGAAAAUAAUUUAAAAUACAGUGUAAUUAACAUGAAA